CGGAAUCAUCACAAGAUAUUAAAGAGUAGAUCACAUAUAUACACACAUAUAUAAUCAAUUUUGAGAUAGAAAUUAAGAUGGUAAUUUCAUUCAGAUUCAUAGCGGUAGUUAUUGCCACAGUGUUUCUCCAACAAGCAUUGGCAGCGAAACAUACAGUUGGAGGAAGCCAAGGUUGGGAUGAAUCCACCGAUUUCGACACGUGGGCUUCUGCUCAAACCUUCAAGGUCGGAGACGAGCUCGAGUUCAAAUAUAGUUCGUUGCACAGCGUGGCGGAACUACCUAGCGAAAGCGCUUUUAAGAAAUGCGACAUCGGCGUUGCAUCGAAUUCAUUAACCGGUGGCGACAACAAAGUGAAACUAACCAAGGCCGGUACACGUUAUUUUGCGUGUGGUACAUCCGGCCAUUGCGAGCAGGGGAUGAAGGUCAAGAUCACCACCGUGGCGGCCGAUGCCUCGCCGUCGCCAGCCUCCCCGACCGACGGAUCAGCCACUCCGGCGGCGCCUGACGCCUCGCCGUCGCCACCCACCGGCGGAUCCACCACUCCGGCGGCGACCACCCAAUCCACCUCUGCAGCCGCGCCGCGCCACCGACUCCUCCGCGUCGUUGCCUUUGUUGCAUUCGUCGCAAUUUUCGUGUAGAAAAAAAUGCGACUAUAAUUUUGUACAUUAUGGAUACGUUUUAUUACUAUUCUAUUUUUCUUGGAUGACAAAUAAUUUGAUUAUUGAUUAUUAUCUUUAAUAUAGACGAUUAUACUUUAUA